AUGUCCGCCAACAACGCCAACGUCGAAGACACUAACACCACAUUCACCGGCUGGGCCAGCUCCGGCACCCUCCCUCUGAAAAAAUUCUCUUACCACCCCCGCCCUCUCGGACCCAAGGACGUCGAGAUCGAAGUCACUCACUGCGGCAUCUGUGGAUCUGACACCUCCACCAUCUCUGGAGGAUGGGGCCCACUCGCUGGACCCUGCAUCGCCGGUCACGAGAUUGUCGGUACUGUCGUCAAGGCUGGCCCCCAUAGUCUUCGCAAGGUCGGCGAACUUGUCGGCGUUGGCGGCGUUGUUGAUUCCUGCGGUGAAUGCAAGGAUUGCAACAGUGGAUUUCAGCAGCUGUGCACGAAGAAGUCUUUUGUCUUUAAUGAUAUCUACCAUGAUGGAAGCAAUGUGCGACCCCAGGGAGGAUUCGCUGACCGUAUCCGUGUUAACAGCGAGUUUGUUUACAAGAUCCCCUCGGCGAUCUCUCCCGCUGAAGCCGCUCCUCUUUUGUGCGCUGGUAUCACUACUUACACCCCCUUGAAGCACUUUGGUGCUGGACCCGGCAAGCGUGUCGGCGUCAUGGGUAUCGGUGGGCUCGGUCACUUGGCCAUCCAAUGGGCUGCCGCUUUCAAGGCCGACGAGGUUGUCGCCAUCUCUACCAGCGACAGCAAGCGUGAGGAGGCCAAGAAGUUGGGUGCUACCAAGUUCGUCAACUCAAGGAACGAGGAAGAACGUAAGGCCGCCCGCCAAAGCAUGGACAUCCUACUCUUGACCAGCAACGACAAGAACACCGACUGGGCCGAGCUCAUCGAAUACGUCGCCAACCAUGGAACCUUGGUCCUCUUGGCCAUGCCCGAGAUCCCAACCAUUGCCGUCCCCCCAAGCCCGCUCUUGAUGCGCCACGUGUCCAUCGCCGGAUCCUUGACAGGAGGUCGUGAGAUCACCCAGGAAAUGUUGGAGUUUGCUGCCAAGACCGGUGUCCGCCCCUGGAUCACCACCAUGCCCAUGAGCGAUGCCAACGCUGCUGUUAAGGUUACGAUGGAAGGCCGUCCCCGAUACAGAGUUGUUAUGGAGACUGAGGCCGCUGCUCGCCUUCAGAAGCACUAA